UUGUGCUCUGGUUUGAGUCAGAACCUCUGAGGUCAUUGUGGCUGACCCGGAAAGAUGAGCUCCUCUAACCCCGACCAGCGGCUGGAGCACCUCCUGAGCGCUGUGGAGAGCGAGUUCCAGAAAGGCAGCGAGAAGGGGGACGCGUCGGAAAGGGACAUUAAGUUGACGCUGGAGGACUCGGAGCUGUGGAGCAAAUUUAAAGAACUCACCAACGAGAUGAUCGUCACCAAGACUGGGAGGAGGAUGUUUCCGGUUCUCCGCGUCAGCGUCUCCGGACUGGACCCGAACGCCAUGUACUCGGUGCUGCUGGAUUUUGUAGCCGCGGACAACAACCGCUGGAAAUACGUGAACGGGGAGUGGGUCCCGGGGGGCAAACCAGAGCCCCAGAGUCCCAGCUGCGUCUAUAUCCACCCGGACUCCCCGAACUUUGGUGCGCACUGGUUGAAGGCGCCGGUGUCCUUCAGCAAAGUGAAGCUGUCCAACAAACUGAACGGAGGAGGACAGAUUAUGCUGAAUUCUUUGCACAAGUAUGAGCCAAGGAUCCACAUCGUGAAGGUUGGAGGCAUCCAGAAAAUGAUCAGCAGUCAGUCGUUCCCUGAAACUCAGUUCAUUGCCGUCACAGCGUACCAGAAUGAGGAGAUCACUGCUUUGAAGAUAAAACACAAUCCGUUCGCCAAAGCAUUUCUGGAUGCCAAAGAAAGGAGUGACCAUAAGGAAUUGUCCGAGCACACCGCAGACAGUCAGCAGUCAGGAUACUCUCAGCUUGGAGGUUGGUUCCUGCCCGGUCAGAGUCCCAUCUGCCCCAGCAGCAGCCCCCCUCAGUUCAGCAGCACAGCGGGCCACUCGUCUGGUUCCUACUGUGAGCGCUACUCCGGCCUGAGGAGCCACCGAGCGGCCCCGUACCCCGGCCACUACCCCCACCGCAGCUCCAGCACGAACAACUACAUGGACGCCAGCUCAGGGACUCUGCCUGCCCAUGACAGCUGGUCCCCCCUUCAGAUCCCUAACUCCACAGGGAUGGGGACUCUGUCCCACACCACCAACUCCAGCUCCAGUCAGUACCCCAGCCUCUGGUCGGUCACCGGCACCACGCUCACGCCUUCGGGCUCCUCUUCUAGCUCCACACCUGGGGGUCUCACCUCCCAGUUCCUAAGGGGCUCCUCCUACACCAGCCUGACCUCUUCACUUCCUGUCUCGUCGCCGUCCUCCAUGUACGACCCCGGCCUGAGUGAGGUCGGGGACGCUCAGUUUGAGAGCUCCAUUGCCAGGCUCACAGCCACCUGGGCACCCGUAGCCCAGAGCUACUGA